UUGGUGUGGAUGACUACAGCUCAGAGUCUGAUGUGAUUAUUAUACCUUCAGCCCUGGACUUUGUCUCACAAGAUGAAAUGUUGACGCCUUUGGGAAGACUUGACAAGUACGCUGCAAGUGAGAACAUAUUUAACAGGCAAAUGGUGGCUCGAAGUUUGCUGGACACUUUGAAGGAAGUCAGUGAUGAUGAGAGAGAUUGUAUUGCUGUGUUGGAGAGAAUCAGCAGAUUAGCUGAUGAUUCAGAGCCAACAGUGCGGGCAGAACUGAUGGAACAGGUGCCUCAUAUUGCUAUGUUCUGUCAAGAAAACAGACCUUCCAUUCCAUAUGCUUUUUCCAAAUACUUACUGCCUAUUGUGGUACGAUACCUCGCAGACCAGAAUAACCAGGUAAGAAAAACAAGUCAGGCUGCAUUGUUAGUUCUGUUGGAGCAAGAACUUGUAGAGAGAUACGAUGUGGAGACCAAAGUAUGCCCUGUUCUGAUAGAUCUGACAGCUCCAGACAGCAAUGAUGAUGUGAAGACGGAAGCUGUGGCUAUAAUGUGCAAAAUGGCCUCCAUGGUGGGAAAGGACAUCACGGAAAGACUUGUUCUUCCUAGGUUUUGUGAGAUGUGCUGUGACUGCAGAAUGUUUCAUGUUCGUAAGGUAUGUGCAGCCAAUUUUGGAGAUAUCUGCAGUGUGGUUGGGCAGCAAGCCACUGAAGAAAUGCUGCUACCAAGGUUUUUCCAGCUCUGCUCUGAUAAUGUGUGGGGAGUUAGGAAAGCCUGUGCUGAAUGCUUCAUGGCGGUUUCUUGUGCAACAUCGCAGGAAGUCCGGAGGACAAAAUUGUCAUCCCUUUUUAUUAAUUUGAUUAGUGAUCCUUCACGAUGGGUCCGCCAAGCUGCAUUUCAGUCUCUGGGGCCUUUCAUAUCAACUUUUGCCAAUCCAUCUAGCAGUGGCCAGUACUUUAAAGAAGAAGAUGGUAAAAACCCAGAAGACUGUGGUUCUGCACAGGAAAACAGGACUGCAGAUGAUGUCACAACAGAGGAUGAGCACAACAGGACAGAGGAUCUGUCUUCACAUGUUGAUAAUGACGAUUUUGCAACAAAACUUGAAAAUACCAUGGAAGAUCGAAAUACAGUGUCAAAUAACUCCCAGAGCGCAAAUGAUUUCCAGACUGAGUCAUCUUUCCAUUGCACUUUGUCUUCAGAAUCUUGUGGGGAAAUGUCUGAUGAGAACAAGCGAAGUUCUCAUUGCUGUACAGCAGGUCUGCGGGAGGCUGGGCUGAAUUCACAGGAAACCUCUCUUUCAGAGCAGGAAUUGUACAACUCUUUCCAUUUCUGGAGGACUCCACUUCCUGAAAUAGAUAUUGACUUUGAGCUUCAGCAGAAUUCCGAGAUAAUACUCGAUAGAGAAAUUCAGGAACUCACUAUGCCAGUGUCUCCAAACAUUCCUAUGGCAACAAGGAAAGAAUUGGAAGAAAUGAUAGAAAACUUGGAACCCCAUAUAGAUGAUCCAGAUGUUAAAGGUAUAGUAAAGAUUCUGAAGCAUUUUUAUUGUUUGGAGAUAUGCAUAUGUUGCUUUAGCAGUUUGGGCUUUAACCUUUUGGUUGUUUUAAAGUCAGAAGUACUACUCUGUCCUGGUCCUCAAAGAAAUUGUAUCUAUUUUGAUUUAAUUGUGAAAAUGGAUGAUGAACUAAAAGGGAACUUGUUUUUGUUAAAG